AUGGCGCCUCCUCCUCUUUCUUCUCGGUCAGUCGCCGAAGGCCCGCCGUUCGAAGAAUUAGAACCUCCUCUGCGGGCACAAACCUUAUCUAUUCUCAAAUCUCUCGCGUUCGUAAAUUCCACUCCGGUGCAAGCCGCCGUCAUUGGUUUACUCGGGAAAAACAAAGACGUGAGCGUGGAAGCGUGCACGGGAUCGGGGAAAACGCUCGCGUUCGUGUUACCGAUGAUUGAGAUAUUGUGGAAGGCGAACAAGGAGAGCAAGUUUAAGAAACACUCAAUCGGGGCGGUGAUCGUAUCGCCGACGAGAGAGCUGGCGAGGCAAAUUCGAGACGUGGCGGAGCCGUUUUUAGAGAGUUUAAGGGCAAUAGCGGACGAAGAGGACGAGGAAAGCAAAGAACACUCGAAAUUUAAUCCGGACGUUAAACCAAUGCUGUUAGUCGGUGGAGGCGCACAAACUGUCGCGGACGAUCUCAAACGGUUCAGCGAACGAGGGUCGCUGUGUUUAAUCGGCACGCCCGGGCGGAUGUUGGACGUGUUGACGAAAGCGAGAGAUUUAGACGCGAAGAGGUGCGAGUUAUUGGUGUUGGACGAGGCAGACAGAGUUUUAGGUAUGGGCUUCGCGAAAACUCUGAACUCGAUUAUUGGGAUGUUGCCGAAACAGAGAAGAACUGGGUUGUUUUCGGCGACGCAGACGGAGGAGUUGGAGGAGUUGGCGAGAGCCGGGUUGCGGAAUCCAGUCCGGGUGACGGUGAGAGAUUCAAACGCGGCAGCGGCGGCAGCAGCAGCGGGUGGAGGAAAGGAAAAUAAAACAGAUAAGAAGAAAGGAGCGAUAGGAGCUGGUGCGGGGAGUAAAUUGCCGAUGCAGUUGGAAUUGUCGUAUAGAAUUUGCGAAACCGUCGACGCCAAGAUUUUCCGAUUAGCGGAAUUUUUAAAGGCGAAGAAAGGGAGGAAGAUCAUUGUGUAUUUCCUCACGUGCGCGUGCGUGGAUUACUAUCAGAAAGCUUUGGAUGCGCUUUUAGAUGUCGGUAGUGGUAGUAAAAAGAAUAAUAAUAAUAACAAUAGUAGUAGCAAUAAGAAGAAGAAAACGACGAAAAAUGGCAACGACAGUAGAAUAGAAAUUUUCGCUUUACACGGCAAAAUGAAGCAGGCGCAGCGAGAGCAAACUUUAGAGAAUUUCGCGGAGAAUAAAGAGAACGAUGAAGAAAACGGCGUUGAAUCAUCCAUUUUGCUCACAACAGACGUUGCCGCGAGAGGUUUAGAUAUUCCCGGCGUCGAUUGGAUCGUCCAGUUUGAUAUGCCGCAAGAUCCGUCCGCGUUUACUCACAGAGUUGGAAGAACCGCUCGAAUGGGCGCAAAAGGUAGCGCCUUGGCGUUAUUGACGAAAGAGGAAAGCUCAUACGUAGCAUUCUUGAAAAUUAGAGGCGUUCAUUUACGCAGAGAUGGUAAUUGCAGAUUCGCGGAUGGCGAUAACGGCGAUGGCGAAGAAGAAGAAGAAGAAGAGGAUUUGGAUGCAGUCGUAGAAGAAGACGCAAACGGCGCGAGAGAAGUGUACGACACGCUUCGAGCGCUCUCUAAACGCGAUCGCGAAGCGAUGGAAAAAGGCGUCAGAGCUUUCGUAUCGUACGUUCGAGGGUAUAAAGAACACCACUGUCGAUUUAUCUUUCGCUUGAAAGAGCUACACUUGGCAAAAUUAGCAAACGCCAUGGGACUUUUGCGUUUACCGAAGAUGAAGGAAAUUCGCAAAGCGGCGAAGAAUACGCUCGAAGGAUUCGAAGAGUGCGUCGAUGUCAACAUCGAAGAGAUUCCGUACUUGGAUCUUCAGAGAGAAAAACAGCGCAAAAUACAGCUCGAAAAAGAUCGCGAGGAGAAGGAAGCGCGAGGAGAGGAAGAAGACGACGACGACGCUCGAAGGAAGAAGGAGAGUCGCGGAAAUAACGAAAGGAAAAAAGAGAAUAAACCAGAAAAGAAGCUCACCGCGCACAAACGUCGUCAAAUCGAAACGCGAGAGGAAUUAGACGAACUAGACGACGAUUACAGAGCUCUGAAAAAGUGGAAGAAGGGCAAAAUUUCCGAAGAGGAGUUUGAAUUUGAGCUCGGAUGGGACGAGAACCCCAACCAAGCCGGGAAAGUCAGAAUCAAAGAAGGCGAGAAAGACGAGAAUAACUUUUUAGCGCAUCCUUCGUCUUCCGGAAAGCAACAGCAGAGAAAAGAAGACUUUUACCGAAACGGCGACGAUUUAUGGAUGAAGGAGAAGAAAAAACCUAAGCACGUGAAACAAUCGAAAGGUGGCCAAGGGAAGAAGUAUCAGAAAGCGAGAGAUCGAGCAGCCGCGAAAGCUAAAUAA